AUGUCUCAGCAAUUACAACAGGCGGUAGAGAUCGCAAAUUCAUCCACAGCGGAUGGAGAACUAAAAAAACAAGCAUUGCAUUAUGUUGAGCAAAUGAAAAGUAGUUCAAAUGCUGCGGAAUUAUUUGUUGCUUACUUGAAAGAGCCCGGUAUAAGCGACAUAGGACGAUUUGUGGCUUUGCAGGUGCUCUGUGAGUUGGCAAUGGAUAGUUCUCGAAGGGAAAGAUUGAUUUACUUAAAAGAUACCGUUUUUUCUAUUUUAAGGGAGAAUGUUAGCGGGGGAGGAAAUGAGCCUGAGUAUGUGCGGAAUAAGAUUGCGGAGUUGGUUAGUCGGUUGUUCUAUACCAUGUAUGGGGAGAUAAACGGGAACCUAUGGUCUAGCUUUUUUUCUGAUAUAAUGCAACUGACGCAAGUAAUAGGAUUCAGAGAUGGGGUUAUGAGAGAAUAUAACGCAGUUGGUAUGGAUUAUUUUCUGCGAAUCUGCGCUUCUAUUAACUCCGAGAUAGGGGAUCAAACUUUUGUUAGAUCGAAAGAGUCUCAGCAAAAAAAUAACAGCUUGAAAGAUACUAUGAGAGUCCAGGAUGUGGGAGCUUUGGCUACUGUGUGGCUUCAUGGGCUGCAGUCGAUCCAGCAAGAUGUGGGGAAACAGGAUCUUGCGAAUUUGAUUAUGCAGUGUAUUGGUUCAUACAUAUCAUGGAUAGACAUAAACCUUGUCGUGAACUCCAACUACAUAGCUACAAUCUACGAUUUUCUCAACUAUGAGAAGACGAAGAAAACCUGUGCCCAGUGUUUAUGCGAGAUCAUUUCAAAAAAGAUGAAACCCAGGGACAAAUUACAGUUGCUUGGGAUGUUGAGUCUUACAGAUAAGGUAGCCGAGCUGGGAGAUGUGGACGUUGACGUGUACGAGCAGUUCUCUAAGUUGGCUGCUACGGUUGGGUUAGAGUUGUCCAUGAUUCUAGAGCAGUGUCACGAAGAUUCGCCGCCCCUGGAGGCAGGUUCGACAGCGAACAGUGCUGACCAGCAAAUAAUAAGCGAGGUGGCGCCAUUGGUUCUCAAGUUUAUGAACCACGAAUACGAUUCCGUUACGCAACAGACUUUUCCUUUUAUAUCGCAUUACCUGGCCAUUUUGAAGAAGCUUUUCGCGGUUGGAGGUAAACCGGGAAGUACGGUUGCAAUGAACUCUAAGAAACUGCCAUUUGAUCAAGCUCACCAUGAUUUCCUAAGCAACUGUAUAUCUGUUUGCAUGAAGAAAAUGGCCAUCGACGAAACAUGUGCCAAGGACGACACAGAUGACAUUGAAGAAUUUGUGGAAACUGUGAGGUCUAAAUUGAAAGUGUUCCAGGAUAGCAUAGCCGUAAUAAACCCAUCCAUAUACCUGGACCAUAUUUCCAAGCAUAUAGAAUCUUUGUUACUUUCACAAGACUGGAGAAGUUUGGAAUUAGCACUUUACCAAAUGCAUAAUCUAGCCGAAUCCAUCAGGAACAAUUACUUUGGUCUUAACAAAACUGCAAUUGCGCAAUCGCAUCCCUCACAACUCAUGACAAAAUUUAUGAACACAAUCUUGAAUACCAAUUCCAUUUUUCAGUCUAAUAAUCCACUAAUUGAAAUAUCCUUUUUUGAACUUGUUGUAAGACACUAUAAUUUUAUCAGUAACGCAGGCAUCAACGAGGUUACAAUCCUAAACAUUUUUUGUGCUCCUUUUGGUAUGUUUAAUGAGGUAGAGAGAGUAAGAUUAAGAUCCUGGUAUUUAUUUUCAAGGUUAGUUAAGGUUACUAAGCCCAAGCUUGAUGAUGACGUAUUGGCACAGCUACUAUCGAAACUCUCGCCAUUACUAGCGAUAAAGACAGUAGAAGGCACAAACGGUGAUCCAGAUGUUGACACCGUCUUUGACAACCAGCUAUACAUCUUCGAAGGUGUUGGAAUAUUGAUCGGAGCUAAAGCAAGUGAGCAAUACGACAUUCUUGAUAGCGUAUUGACUCCCUUGUUUUCUGAUCUUGAGUCAUGUAUUUCCGUACCUGUAAAAACUCCAGUAGUUGUGUUGCAAGCCCAUCACAUAUUGAUGGCAAUUGGCACCAUUACCCGUGGUGUUCAUGCUGGUUUAGUUCCCGAAAACCAAUUGAACAAUAUACAAACUACGACUGCAUUAGUUCAUAAAUCGUUGAUUGAAAAGUUUUCUAACAUCGCAGAAGUGAUUUUAGUUACUUUCUCCUACUUCAACAAGCAUGAGAAUAUCAGGGACGCGGCAAGAUUCUCCUUUGCACGUUUGACGCCAAUCUUAAAGAACAAUAUUAUCCCAUUCUCUAGCAGAUUAAUCUCCAUCUUCCUAGAAUCGGAUCUUAAAACAAUUGAGAUGAACGAUUUCUUAGGGUUUUUAGGACAAAUGGUCCACAAUUUUCACGAAGACGACAAUUGUUACCAGUUAUUUAAUAACUUGUUCACACCAAUGAUUAAGAAGGUCUUUGCUUUGGCAUCUCAGCUCGAGGAAGAAGGCCUCAUCACCGCUUCCGAGUCUCCAAACAAACCUGGUAACGGAAAAAAUGUCGUUGUAACAGACUCCUUUAGAGAUAGAGUGCAACUAAAGAAAGCCUACUACAGUUUCCUGCAGUCAUUUGUUACCAACAAUGUAACUUCAUUGUUGCUCACUACCACAAACAGAAAUAUUCUGCCCAUAAUUUUGACCGAUUUGUUGACAUAUUCGUCCUCUGAAAUUCACGAAACUUCCACCACGAAGUUGGCUCUCAAUGUGUUAGUGAACUUUGUCAAGUUUUUCGGAACUGGUAGGUGUUCAGAUCCCAAUGACCGUAACGCUAACACCUUUGAUCCAAUUGAAGGUCUUAACGAGUUUUUCAUUGCAAAGGCUAUUCCCUUAGUCUUUGAAGUGCCCUUUAAAUCGGAGUAUGAAUUCAACAUUGAGGACGGCAGCUGUCGUGUCGUUGCUACGGACCUCUCUCGUCUUCUAAAGGCUCUUUGCGACAUUAACGGUGAUGUCAGUAACAACGCAUGUCUUAAAUAUCUAACCGAUGCUUAUUUCCUGGAGAUACAAUUUCCACAGCAGAUGGCCGUAGAAUUCGUCCAUGCUCUAGCCACAUCAGAUGAAAAGCAGUUUGAAAAGUACUUCAUCAAUUUCAUCAGGUGCAUGAAGUCUUAA